CACCGGCUAGUCGCUACGCUCGCACGUCGCGCACCCGACCUCCUCCGUUCCUCCUCCCCUACUCUUCCCUUCUCUUCCGCCCGAAGUCUCCACGCUCCUUUUCUCCCGUUUAAAACCUUCGCUUCGUCUCGACUCUACUUGGCCGGCCAUUUCCUCUCGCCCAAUCCUCGCUCACGUCAAACCCUAGGGCCCCGCGCCUCCUACUUGGAGGGGGCUCAGAUCCAAUGGGCGCGGCGCCGUCGACGCCGAGGCUGGGCGCGGCAGGCGCGCCGCCGUCGCCCAGCGCGGCGGAGCAGAUGUUCGCGGCGCUGGUAGGCGAGAAGGCCUACCCAAUCUCCUCCGAGUUCUGGAAGCAGCUGCUCGAGCUGCCCCUCACCCUGCAGUGGCCGCGCGACCGCGUGCUGCAGGCGUGCCACGCCUUCGUUCAGCGAGUAGACUGUGCAUCCCUCGUUUUUGCCGAGAAUAACUACCAGACAAAGCAUCUUGCAAAGAUUUUGAUCCAUUUGGUUUGGUGCUUGCAAGAGUGCACCUCAACAACUUCUGUAUCUUCUGUUGUUUAUCGGAGGGCGAUCAAUGCGGCAUACAUGUCAUCCAUAUUUCUCAAGUUCAUCAUUGAAAACGCAAAAACCGACAGUUGGCAAGAGCUAUGCCUUGACAUUGACAGGAGUGAGAAGGGGUUGGAAAACUUUCCUGCAGAAAACACUCUGGAGUAUUUUCUGAUGAGAGGUGUGCUGGACUAUAUUGGUAGUGUGGAUGUAAGUCCGGAGUCAUGCUACCUACAUCAUGAACUCUUGAACUUGAUGCUAGUUCUUAUGUCAACUCAGUUAUGUUCUGGACCAUCUCCAGAGCCAAAGGAUGUGCAUCCUUUCAUUGAUGCAGCUAUGCUUCAGGACAGCUCAAUAGUGGCUUCCGUGGUGCAAAAAUUGUUGCUCAAUUUUGUAACACGGCCGAAAAUUCCUCUAAAUGCUUCACACCCUGUUUUCUCUGAUGAUGGUAGGCCUGGUGUUCUGCAGCGAGUUGGCUCAGCAGCUGCAAAUAUUGUCUUAUUGCCAUAUUAUACUUUCAACUACCUUGUAAGCUCAACUCCUGAGGGUGCGACAAGUCAAUUGGCAGAUAACAGUUUACUUGUUCUGCUUAUCAUGAUCCACUACCGAAAGUGCAUUUCAACUAAUGAGUCCAUUCCAACCAACAAUGUAUACACUAUGGACUCAAAUACCAAUGAGAAGGAUGCUCCAGUUUUUCAUGAUAACCCUUAUUGCAAGGCAUUAAACAGUGCUAAGGACAUACAAUAUGACCGUGCUGAUGUUGAAGGAAAUGCUCAAGAUGGACCUGUUGUCAGGUUGUCUUUUGCAUUGUUGUUUGAUGCUCUUGGACGAUGCUUAAAUGAUGAGAGCUCGGUUCUGUUGCUCUAUUCUUUGGUCCAUGGGAACUGUGACUUUCAGGAAUAUGUCCUGGUUCGAACAGACUUGGAUACUUUGCUGAUGCCUAUCUUGGAAAUGCUCUACAAUGCAUCAAGGAAGACUUCGAAUCAGAUUUACAUGCUGUUGAUUAUUCUCCUGAUCCUCAGUCAAGAUUCAACCUUCAAUGCUAGUGUGCACAAAUUGGUGCUUCCUGCUGUUCCUUGGUACCAUGAACGCCUGAUGCAUCAAACGUCUCUGGGAUCUUUGAUGGUUGUAAUACUAAUCCGGACCAUCAAGUACAACCUCUCCAAGCUAAGAGAUGUCUACCUUCACACAAAUUGUCUUGCAAUUUUAGCAAAUAUGGCUCCUCAUGUGCAUAGGCUGAGUGCUUAUGCAUCACAAAGGCUAGUUAGUCUGUUUGACAUGCUUUCUCGCAAGUAUGCCAAACUAGCUGAGUUAAAAAAUGACAAGUCGCUGAAAGUUAUAUCUGAUCAGAUGGAAGCAGACAACAUCGCAGAUGAUAUGUCUACAGAGCUUCACAUAUAUACAGAUUUCUUAAGAAUUGUUCUGGAAAUAAUCAAUGCAAUCCUUACAUAUGCAUUGCCCAGAAAUCCUGAGGUUGUGUAUGCUGUAUUGCAUCGACAAGAGGUUUUCGAGCCAUUUAAAAAUCAUCCACGUUUUAAUGAACUGCUUGAGAACAUAUACACUGUAUUGGAUUUCUUCAAUAGUCGAAUGGACAUGCAACAAUUAGAUGGGGAAUGGUCUGUGGAUAAGGUGCUUGAAGUCAUCAACAAAACUUGCCGUUCAUGGCGUGGCGAAGGGAUGAAGAUGUUUACCCAGUUACGGUUUACAUAUGAGCAAGAAAGCCACCCUGAGGAAUUCUUCAUUCCAUAUGCAUGGCGCCUUGUCCUAUCACGGGGAUUCUCCUUCAAUCCCGGCGCCAUAAAUCUCUUCCCUGUGGAGAUUCACCUUGAAGAUGCACCGGCCGGCGAACAAAAGGUUUAGGAAGAAUGGUCCGAACCAGAGUUCUGACAAGAACAUAAAGUCAUAUUUUUGUUUCAUUGUGGCAAAGAGCACGAUGUAAAUAGGCGGCAUAUACCAUAUACCAGGUAGUCGAAUGUACUCAUUCUUUUGUAUUAAAAUAGUUCUGUUGUUUCAUAAUAUGUGUAAGAGGGGAGAGGAUGGACGGAUUGCGCAAGGGUUCAGAUAUUGUGCUAGUAUAGAGGUUAGAUUACUAUGUAGAGGGUAUACACAAUUCUUUCAUAAAUUAUCGUUGUAUUGUACCCUUAAGCUGAAAGGCCUUGUAACCACGCUGGCCACUCUUUAUUGUAAAGUUAUAAACUCUGCGAUCUGGUCUUUCUCCGUUAUGUGAA